AUGAAUUGGGAUUUUCUAAAUAGAAAACUUAAAGAAUUCUUUGAAUAAAGGCGAUAAUAAUCUAUUGAUAAAUUAUUCACUAUAAAUACUAUUACAGAUAAUAACUUACUUAAAAAAUAAUUCCUAGAAUUAGAAACUUAAGUUACAGAGGAAUAAAAAUAAAUUGUCUCUUAACCUAGUGUUCCUAUUACAACACCAACACCUUAAAAAUCAAAAUUAACACCAAAAUCUUUUAAUUAGAUUUCUCAUCUCUUUUCACCUCAUGGACCUGCAAGAUCAAGAAAUUCUAUGUAAAUGAAAUAAAUUGUAACAAGCAACCUUAAAAAUGAGAAUAAUAAUUAUAAUAAUGUUAAAAGUAAGGAUAUUAAGAAAGUUUAAGAAUUGGUAGGAUCAAAUAGUAAAACUACAUUUAAAAAUAAUGGAAGAAAACUUCAAAAAUAAUAAAUAUCUGUCUCUUAAAAGAUUCUAAAAGAUUUAGAUGAUUAAUUAGACCCAUCAUCAACUAAUCUAAUUAAACCAUCUGAAUCGCUUAAAUGUUUCAUUACUUAAACUAAAAAUAUUAAUACAUUAUCUAUGAAAGCUAAAUUAAAUCUUAAAUCUUAAAGAUCUAUCAGAUAAUUAAAACAACCUAGUCCUACACUUGAUAAUUUUACUAAAAUGGGAUUUGGAAAAAGUACAGAUCCAAGAGUAGGUUUAGAUAGAUUUUUAAGUAAUAAAUGGUUAUAAUUUGUUAUUGAAUAAAAAUCAAUGAGAAAAGAUGAUUAAUUUGAUAAUUAUCUACAAUAAUAUAAUGAAUCUACAUAGAAAGAAUAAAAUAUAUAAAAAUUGAAAGAAAAAUAAUAAAUAAGAUAAGAUUUUAAUAGUGAAAUAUCAUAAUCAAUUAUUUAUAAACCAUAUAGAUAUACAAAAAAGAUAACAAAAAUAAAAAAGAAUGAAAUUUCAGAAUUAAUAUCAUCUUAUUCUUAAACUGUUUUUGAUAUAGAUAAAAAAAGAGAUGACGAAGAAUUAAUUGAAUUCUAUCCUAUUUAUUAUGAAAAGAGGGUAAAAAAAAGAAGAAUUAUUCAUAAAAUGAAAAUUUUAGCUAAAAAAGCUAUAAAAUAAAAAACAUUUGUUUUAGAUGUAUUUAAUUUAUAUAGAUAUGAUUAGUUACUCUAAAAAUUUUAAUAAUUUGUACCAUACUAAAUGCCAGGUUCAAUUGCAUUUUUAAGAUUUGUUUAGUAAAAUAAUAUAUAAGCAGUUAAAUAAAUGUUAGAUUAGAAUAAUUAAUUUAUAGGUUCUUUUAAUGAAUAAGGUUAGUAUGGUAUUCAUAUAGGAGUAAUGAUUUAAUCUAUUGAAAUGGUCAAAUUAUUGUUAUAUUAUAGAGCUAAUGUAAAUUCAGAAGACUUCUUUUUAUAAAAACCUCUUUAUUUUGCUUUAUAAACAGAUAAUUUAGAGAUGAUUAGAUUAUUACUUGCUUGUAGAGCUUCACCAUGGGAUGAAAAUUUAAGAGAUUAUUUUGUUUGUUGUAGAAGUGAAGAUGCAAAGAAUCUAAUAAAACUAGCAUAAUAUCUUAAAAUAUAUAAUAAAGAUCCAGAGUGUUUAUUAAAUAUAGAAAAUAUCAAAUAACAAUUGA